ACAAGCAGCUUCAAGUAGAAAGAUGAAAACACUUGUAAGCACUGAAGCACAUAGUAACCAAGCAUCAAAUAUAAACUAGAGCAAGAAGCAUACGGAAUGACAAAAGAAGAUAAAUAAUUGUUAGUCUUUGGAAUUUCUACUUAUAAAUAGAGGAUUUCUGGGUAACUGAACAACAAAAUAGAGGACAUUUCAAGGAUGGAACAUGAGGCUACCCAGCUAGAAAAGCAACAUGUGCAUAAUGUGUAUGAAAAUACAGCUGCUUACUUUAAUGAUCUGCAGAGCAAAGCAUGGCCUCGUGUGAGAAACUUUCUGUUGGAGCAAAAGCCUGGCAGUCUCGUUGCUGACAUAGGUUGUGGAACUGGGAAGUAUCUCAGCGUCAACAGUCAGGUGUACAAUCUCGGCUGUGAUUACUGUGGACCUUUGGUAGAAAUUGCAAGGAAGAGAGGUGAAGAAGUUCUGGUUUGUGACAACCUCAACCUUCCCUUUAGGGACCAGUGCUUCAAUGCAGUCAUUUCCAUUGGAGUGAUCCAUCAUUUCUCAACUAAACAAAGAAGAAUCAAAGCAAUAAAGGAAAUGGCAAGAGUAUUGAUGCCUGGAGGCCAGAUGAUGGUUUAUGUUUGGGCUAUGGAACAAAAGAAUCGUCGCUUUGAGAAACAAGAUGUAUUUGUUCCCUGGAACAAGGCCUUGUGCUCACGGCAUUUUUCAGAAUCAAAUCAAUCUGGAGAUAAGGGAGAGUUUGUGCAUGCAGUAAAGAGCCAAGAUAUAUAUCCUGCAGAGGCACUGAGCUCUGAUUACAGCUACCAAACCAAUCUGCAACCAGAAACUGAUUCAAAACAUCCCCACAGUACAGACCAUUGCUUAUCCAGAGCCUGCUGCAUGAAAAUUUCUGAAGAAGAAACUAGAUUUUACAGUGCUCUCGGAAGAUCUUUCCGCUCAUGGUUUUCCUCCAGAUCCCUUGAUGAAUCAGCCCUCAGAAAGCAAACUGAAAAAUUGAAGCCUCUGAAGAAUGAAGGAGAAUGGACAAACAGUACCGUGCCCAUUCAGCACUCACGACAUUGCAGUUUGGAUUUAGGUCACCACAGGGCACUGCUGAAAGAGCAAAGUUUAGAUGAUGAUGAUGUGUUUGUAGAAAGCUCACCUGUCAAAAAACUACCGUGGUCACAAGCCAUACAUGCAUUGAAGGAUUUGAGUUUAAAUGGAGGACACCAAAGUGCAAGUCAGAGCAAGAGUGAAGAAGCUGCAUUUAUAAAUGGCCCAGUGGAAGACAAGGACUACAGCUGCAGCUAUGAUAAGGAUGACGCUGUUAAGUCUAAUGCCAGCAAGUUUUUCAAAAGAACUUCAACAACUGACUCCACCGACUCUGCUUUGGAUUCAGCAGUGUCUGUUGGGGACCAGAGUGAUGACACACCGGAUACAAAAGCCUUCAUGCGUUAUUAUCAUGUUUUUCGGGAAGGGGAGCUGUGCUCUCUGAUAGAAGAGAAUGUGCCUGAGCUUCUGAUACUUUCUUCCUGCUAUGACCAUGGAAACUGGUGCAUUAUUGCAGAGAAAAGAGGACAAUAGCUGUAAACAGGACAAAACAAUUUAGUGACUGAAGAUUUUAAGCUGUUCCUCGUGUUCCCGUGAUUGUACAGUGUGACAUGGAAUUUGAAUCCCUUGUAGUCGUGUGCCAUUCAUUCCUUAGUUUGUUACAUAUGUAAAUAUCUAAUGCAAAGCCUGUAUAUAGGAAUGUAAGUGGCAAACAAUGUUUAUGUUUUGUUAAACUUUUAUGAAGUUAAAAAUGAAGAGUUUUAUAUUGCUUUUAGCAAAUAAUUUUGUUUUUAAGCAUACUUUUCUAUUGAAAAAUAAAACUUUUUUUAUAAGACAAGGAAAGGAUCAGGGCAUCUUUUAUGAGAAAUAUCCUCUCAGUAGGACAUUCAGGUUUUGUUCUUGAAAUGCUUAAAAUAUGUGACUUUAUUCCCUGGUCUUCAAGUCACAUGAAUAGAGACAUAGACACAUUUUGAAAAACACUUGUCUGUAUACUGCUUGAGUGCAUGCUGCAGAACUGGGAGCAAGCAUGGUCCUUGUGCUACUUAGUUUGGAGUAGAGUUGUUAGUGGUCAAUAAUACAUACAGAGCAAGCUCAGCAUCUUCUGUCAUUUGUAAUUGGUAUUUCAGAGUAAAUGGCAGAAUGAAUUUUGAACAGAAAUUUGGAUUUUUGUUUUGAAAGUAAUUUAAUUUGUGCCUCAGUUGCAAGUUAGGUUCUGCAUGUUAGCUCUCACUUUAUCUUAAUUUCCAUUGCUGCAGGUUUUCACUGGUUAUAUGUAUAUAAAAGUCAGAGGGAUUAGUGAGAGUAUCAGUACUAGGUAAAGGUUACAAAAUACCAAAUACUUGAGAUGGAUAUCUCUUUUUUAUAAGCUUGGGUAGCUAAGAUAAAUAAUACUUGGUAAGAUUAAUAAGAUCCCAGUGUGCAUCCAUUCAGCUGUCAUAUUUGCUCUCCUCCUUCACUGACAUGAGAAUAUGUACUAAAUGGUGUGUUAAACAAUGUAGAUAGGAAGUAGAUACAAGUUGAAUUUUGUAUCUAAAACACAACUUUUCCAAUCUAUGUUAAGUAGAUGAGUUUUGGAUUGGAUUUUGACUUGAAUGGAUUUUAACCUGGGUGGAUUUUGGGUUGAUCAGUAGAAAGCCCUGGUGGUACUGCCUAUUUUUAGAUGUAGCUGCCCAGGAGUAAUUACUGCAUGGUAAUGUAUUAUACGUCUAUUUACUGGAGUUAUACUUGUAGAAGAAUCAUCUUGGUUUUCCUCUUAGUUUAGGAUCCUUGUACUUUAUCUUUCCCAGGUUUGUACCAAGUGCCAGAGGCAAAUUCUUGCAUUCCCUACUGCCUUUUGAAAAUAGAAACUAUCCAUCUGAAGCUUCUGAAAUAUUAUUCCACUGUGUCUGAGCCUUACCUUGGAGCACAGGCAAUAUUCCCUGCGUGACUGGGGCCAGCUGCUCCCUGCUCAGGGGCUGCUCCAACUGCAUCCUCCGUCUCCAGUUCCAGAAGCACAGUGCGAAGAUGCCUGUGCUGGUGAAUUGCAGAGCCCAUGGGGGACAUGAUCAGCUCCACACCUCAUCUGCAGUGUUCUCAUGUCUGACCUCAUUUCCUGAGGAUUUCUGGAGGAGCCUGAGGAGUUAGAAGCAAAUUCAGUUUCUUCCAGAGAAAUAUGUUAGGGGAUAUUCAGCACCCCUGGAAUUUGGGACCAGUGUAAGAAGGAGAUAGUUGUUUAUCAUCCUAUAUCCAGUCUUGAAAGUUUGUUCCUAAAGUCCAGCAUGCAGAAACUUCAUUGCACAUACAUUAAAAUAUUCAUUAAAAAGACGGAAUCUAAACUGAAAACAAGUUUAUUUACCUGGGAAAAGCAACAUUAUAAUUCUCUUAUCUGUCCCUCUGCAUUCUACCCAUGCAGUAUUCUGUGUCUGGAUAGGCAAAUUGACAAGAUUUGAGGAAAUUAAGAAAGAAAGUCUUUCAUUCUCUUUACGACAGAGAUUUACUGUUAUUGUAAAAGGCUGACUUUUUCAGUGUCUACUAAAAACUUCUUGCUCCAUCCGUUGUACAGAUAAGAGCUGUCAUCUCAAAGCCACUAAGUUACUUUAAAUCACGUUUCUGUUUAUGGACUUUCUGUGCAUAGUUUAGUUUGAGAUUUUUGACUGGGGAUACUUUCCACAAUUUUUUUUUUCUGUAUUUCCAUUCCUCUUGUUUUGAGGUAUUGCUAAGUAGUGUUAAAUGAAAGUUUGGAUUGCAUUGUUAAAAUUCCUGAGGGGUGGGGUGUUUAGUAAAUGACUUUCGUUUUGUUUUUUGCAGUUGGACAUAAUGAUCUGUUCUGUGCUAUUGUAUUCUACUCUAUUCCAUUUGAUUCCAAUUCUAUUCCAUUCUAUCCUAUCCUAUUCUUAAGUACCCUGUUUUCCACUGAGAACAUACAAGGGCUACUCUGAGACUAAUGCCUCCUGUUUUAUUGUGUUGGCCCAUGACAUCAGAGGCGGAUGUUGUUAGUAUGGCAGUAGAGGUUGACCCUUCCUGCCAAUAUUCUUUCACAUUCUGUUGCCAUGUGACAGAUGAUGGUAGAGGGGUAGUCCGACAAAUUGGUGUCUGGCAUGCAAGUGUGUUUGAAGCAAAGGUGUGCCACUGAAUUCUUCCAUGCAGAAAAACUGACACCCACUGACAUUAAUCAAUGCUUGGCGAACGUUUAUGGAGACCAAACAGUAGAGUUGAGCACAGUGAGGUGGAUGGUGCAUUUCAGCAUAGGCAACAGGGAUGUGAAAGACAUGCCACAUUUCGGACAGCCAUGCAGAUUUUCAUGAGUGUGCCAUGCAGACUCUUGUUCAUUGCUGGCAAAAAUGCAAAGUUAGUGGUGGUGACUAUGUUGAAAAAUAGCAUUUUGUAGCUGUGAAUUUGCUUUUUCAAACAGUACUAUGGCAUUCUUUGUAGGUGUUGUGGUUUCCGUGGAAAAAAUGGGAGGCAUUACUUUUGGAGCAGCCUGUAAUUACCUUGGAACACAAUUUUUGUAGGUGGAAACAGGCAGCUGAGGUCAGGAACUUCAGGCCUGCACUGCAAGCAUGUGAGUCAGGCUUUUAUUCCUGUAUUAAAUAUUCCAUCUACCUGUAGAGCCUGCCUAGAUCUGUUACAGCUUUAGCAUCUCAUAUGAAGCCAGAUUACCUCUCUCUGAGCACAGUGAAUGUCUCUUUUGAUUGGCUUGAAGACAGUCAUCAAGCAGGACAUGAUUUCCAGAAGAACCCAUGUGACUCCAGUCUUUGAUAGCUUGCAGACAUCCUUAAAGUGGUCAGAGAGGUGGGUAUGCUCUUGAAAACUUUAUAACGAAUGAAUAAAUAAAUACAAUCCUUUUCCCCCUGCAUUCUCAGUGAUGCCCAGUCUACAAGAUCUGAUUGCUGUAAGGUUAAAGGCAAAUAUGUUUUUGUAUUUCUUGUCUGACUUAGAGGCAAAAUUCUCACCCUGGUUAUGCCAAUGUCAAAUCUGCUACUGAACUCAGUACCUCUGCUCUUAAGUGGUGCAUGGAGAUGUCUUGAUUACACAAGAAAACAUGGCCUGUUUUUUUACAAUUUAAUUUACCAGAAUCAUUGCUUGUCUGAACUGGCUGAACAAAAGCUGCCACUGUGUUAACUCUUACAAACUGUAAUCAGAACACACAACUGCAAUAAAAUGGAUGCAAUUGAACAGAUCUACUUCUGAAGGACUAAUACAAUUACAAUCUUUGAUAAAUGGCAUUUUAUCAUUUUUAUUUUUUUAGCACAUGAAAUAUUUAUAUUAGAAGUGCAGAAAGAUCAUUUUUUUUUCUGCUAAUGGCAACUAACUUACCUUCUUCCAAGCUCUUUAUGCAGGAACUUUAAAAGCACAGGUGAGGUGUGAAAGCUGUAAGUAUUCCAGCAGAUCUUUUUCUGGCACAUACUUAUAUACGAGUUACUUAUGUGCACACUGUAAAGUCAUGCUGAAUGAAGGGCUGUGUAUUCUAUGCCAGCAGAACAUUUUAAGUGAACCACUUUGGUUGAUUCUGAAUAGAAAUGGAGGCUCCAAGCCUGUGACAUCUCUGCUGUAUCGAGCUGCAUUCAAGUAUCUGUGGGGCUCUGCUGGUGUUGACAUCGUGUUGAAGCCAUUGGUCUACCCAUUUCCUUGCUCAGCUCUUUGACAGGAGUUGUGUCUAUUUUAGCUCUCCAUGAAAAUGAAGUGUGUCAAUAUUAAAUAUAUAUAAUUUUGUAUCUAUUCUGUGCAUUCUGCAUUUCCUAUUCUUAUAGUAUAUUAAUUCUGGAAGCUGCCCAUGAUUUUAUCUUCCAAUCUGCUGGUCACAGCCAUGCUUAGGUACUGCUCUGUAAUCAAUUCUUUGUCUAUACAUAGAACCUAUUAUCUAGUAUUUGAUAUAAAAUAAAUCUUACUUGGAUAAAAUAUGAUUUCAUACAGAACUUCUGUGCUUUAAGAUUAGUUAAUAAAUAUAUUAGUGACUGGAAACUGUGUAUGGGUAAGUUCUUGAUGAAUGUUAAUUUGGAGAAGACUGCUGCUCAGUGAGACCAUGUAGCACGAUGCAGAGCAGGUGAGCAGCCUGAUUUUCUAUGAAGCCAGAGAGUC